UUCCUCUCCAUCGUCGCGUUUGUCCUCCUCUGCUGUCCGACGUCGCGUCCAUCGUCGUCGAACACGACCGCCUUCUUGCACCGUCAGUUACUGCUCAUUAUUAUUUCCGCGACAACGAUGAAGCGCAACACAUGUCUGUGGGUGGUUCUCACCACUUACCUGGUUCAACAAUGCUCCUGCCAGCAACAACUGAAGUCGUCCAACAUACAGGAAGACCCGUGUAAGGCCAAAAACAAGGUGGUAGCCGACGCGGCUUACUGUGAUCGUUAUUGGGAAUGCGUGGACGGUCAGCCUGAGUUGUACGACUGCCCGAACGGUCUGGUUUAUGCGGGAAAACACAGGGGCGUCACCGAAGGAUGUGACUACCCGUGGAGGGCGGAUUACUGCGAGGGAAAAACUCAAGCUAACGGUCCGAUAGCCCGAGAACACUGUGAUUGGUUGUAUGGAAUAUUCGGUCACGAGACGUCUUGCACACGGUACUGGACUUGCUGGAACAGCACCGCCACCGAACAGCUGUGCAUCGGCGGAUUGUUGUACAACGAGAAAACUCACUCUUGUGACUGGCCCGAGAAUGUCGAUGGAUGCCAAAAACACCCUCUUUGUAACGAAGAUGCCAACGGAAACGUACCACUAGGAAAGUCGUGCAAUAGGUACUGGCAGUGCCAAGGAGGUUACCCAAGGCUGCAAAGAUGUCCGGCCAUGUUGGUGUUCGACAGGCGCACUUUAAGGUGCGUUGUGCCACCCACCGAGGAUUGUGAGGUGCCAACCACACCGGCCCCGUCACCAGAUGACUUGCCAUCUAACGAAGACGACGGUGAAGAGAACGUGCCACAACAAGCACAAGCUAAGGCUACCGCCGUCCCGGUAGCACAGCAACAGCAACAGCAACAGCGAAACCAGCAACAGCAGCAACCGCAACUUCAUCAGCGUCAAGGCGGUCAGCCGCAGCAGAGACAGCAGUUCCAACAGCAGCAACAGCAACAACCACAACAACAACAACAACAUUUGCCUGCCGCUACACAACAACAGCAACAGCAGUUACCGCAACAACAGUUCCAACAGCAACAACGGGCUCAGUUCCAGCAACCCGCCGCUAGGGCUGUUCAACAACCGCAACAGCAACAACAGCAGCAACAGCAACAGUUUGUGCCACAACAGCGGGCCCAACCACAACAAUUCCAACUGCCCCCGUUGCCGGUACAACAACAGCAACAGCACGCCGUUCAGAGGAGAGAAAACACUCCGGUAUCGUACGGCGGCGUCGAAGACGAUGUCGGUGACGAUGUCAGUGUACCGGUCGCGUUUUCCGAACACUAAACACAAUUAUUGCACUGCACAAUUAACGUCGAUACACCUACACACACCUACACAUUUAGUAUAUUAUUAGAAUAUAUAGUUCAAAAUGAAAACGAAUAUUUUUUAUUACAUCAAAAGUAUAAUCGAAUUCGAUUCCUUUGUCAGAAAUGAUUUUGUUCACAAAAUUUGAAUAACCUACACAUACCUACAACAAAACUUUUUUUAUUCGAUUUUAUUUUCCGUUAGUAUUAGGCGAUUUUUUGAGGAUAGUCGUGCAAAUAUAUUCGAUAUCGUAUAAUGACCGCCAUAAAAACUACACGUCAAUCAUCAUACCUAGUUUCGUCAAAAAAUUGCGUAUUCAAUAAUUACGAUCGAGAGUUUGAAAAUACAUUUUUGUCGACAGUCAUUUCAUAGAUACCUAUUAUAAAAAUGCAUAAAUGGUAAAGGUGAUCGUCUAUAAAACAUUCAUUAUCGAUACAUUUAUACUCCACUCGAUUUCCGUAUCCGUUUAUCCAACGUUUAUCUAUUUCAAAAAAUAUAACUUAUCUCAAAUUGUGUAUCCUUGUAUACGGUCUGUUAACAACUAUGUUUUAAGGUCGUAUUUACAGGUUUUUUUUCAAAAUAAAUCGUCGCUGUAUCAUUUCAUUCAUGUCGGUCUAGGCACAAUAUUAAAAAUAUGCCAAAAGUUGAAACCUGUCGAAUGAAACGAAUUCAACAUAUGUGACACGUGUACGUCGGGCAUCCUCGUAAAAUCGCUUCGUAUAACACAUUCAUAUGAUAUAAUAAUAGUAUACUUUUAAGAGUGUAACGUUUAGAUGUUAUUCGUGUUGAUACAAAUUUGAAAUUGCUUGCCAAAGGACUGAAUUUAUUACGCAUUUUAUUUUCUAAUAAUAAACAAUAACUUAAUAAGUUGAAAUGUUUGUACAACUGUUUCCGUUAAAUAUAAUUAAUAUAUAAUGUAUUAUAUACUCGUACAUAUAUAAAAAAAUAUAUAAUACUCUGUAAG